GCGUUUUUCACCAGUUUAUUUUAGAGAAGGCUGGAAAUAAGUUACUGCUGCUUGUGGUGUUCUUCUUCAAUGGCGUCAAUGGCAGCCGCGUCUCGACUGACAAUUAGGGGAAUCGAAUCCGUUUCUCCUUGUGCGUCUCUUUCCCGCACGACUGCCAUCCCCGUUUAUCGAAGCCGCCGCUGCAAUUAUGCACCGACUAAUUGUACCGUCAGAAGAACCGCGGCGGUUGUUAAGAUUAGGGCAAUGUGUUCCGAUUCGAUCGGGUCUGGAUUGGAGGAGUCUGUGAAGAAGACGUUAAGUGAGAAUCCAGUCGUUGUUUACUCCAAAACUUGGUGCUCGUACUCCUCGGAGGUGAAAUAUUUGUUCAAGAAGCUCGGCGUUGAGCCUCAUGUUGUCGAAUUGGACCUAUUAGGUUCUCAAGGAUCUCAAUUACAGAAAACUUUGGAGGCGCUCACCGGCCAGCAUACGGUGCCCAAUGUAUUUAUAGGGGGUAAACAUAUCGGUGGCUGUUCAGACACUGUCAAGCUAUACCAGAAGGGGGAGCUUGAGCCUUUGCUGUCCAAUUCCGGGGCUAAGAAAUGAUAGCGCGGUGGAGAUACGACGGCGACGGGACGGUCCUAUUUGAGGUUUGAAACAGGAUAUUCUCUAUCUCAUGGUGAUGCACAUUGUAUUAUGUUUCUCUGGUUAAAUAACUUGUUUUUACAUGUUACUAUGAAUUUUUUCAUUUUUUACUAUGAAUUUCCCCCUCCGUCCAGUAUAUGAUAA